CAAACCAUUAAGCAGAAAUAACGAACAAAAAUGCACUAUAUCUUAAUAUUUUACUGAUCCGUUUGAGACAUGUAGUACGAUGGAAUACCUCAGAGAAGCUAAAGUUCGAAAAGGAAUAUUUCUGAUUUAUGCAUUUUUAAUAACAGUGACAAGGGCUUCUGAAGACUCCAACAACAUCACUGACUGCGGACCUGUUCCCAAUAUCACGCAUGGAGUUGUGCAGCUCCAGUACGAAAAUGACUCUCUGUAUGGAGCACUGGCGUACGUGCUAUGUGACAGAGGGUUUGAAACAAACACAACAGUUCUAACUUGCCUCGACACAGGAGAGUGGGAGGAUUGGGAAACGUUUGCAAGCUGUGAACCUAUUGGCUGUGGGCCAGUUCCAGAUAUAGAGAAUGGCGUUGUUGUGUUAUGGGACACGACAAAUACAUCAUAUGGAGCUACUGCGAACAUCACAUGCGAUGAAGGUUACAUUGCCAGUGCUUCAAAUAUUUCAUGUUUAGAUACAGGUUACUGGGACGACAAUGUAACCUGUUCAGGCUGUGGGCUAGUCCCGGACAUAGAAAACGGUCAAAUCGUCCUCGCUGAUAUUACCAACAUAUCUUACGGGUCCGUGGCAAAUGUUACAUGUGACACUGGAUACGAAGCUAGUGUGGCAAAUAUAACAUGUCUGUCGUCUGGUGUCUGGGAACAUAACGCAACUUGUGUGUCUGUUGGCUGUGGACCAGUUCUAGAUAUAGAGAAUGGCGUUGUUGUGUUAUGGGACACGACAAAUACAUCAUAUGGAGCUAUUGCGAACAUCACAUGCGAUGAAGGUUACAUUGCCAGUGCUUCAAAUAUUUCAUGUCUAGAUUCAGGUUACUGGAAUGACAAUGUUACCUGUUCAGGCUGUGGGCUAGUCCCGGACAUAGACAAUGGUCAAAUCGUCCUCGCUGAUAUCACCGACACAGGUUACGGGGCCGUGGCAAAUGUUACAUGCCACACUGGAUACGAAGCUAGUGUGGCAAAUAUAACAUGUCUGUCGUCUGGUGUCUGGGAACAUAACGCAACUUGUGUGUCUGUUGAAUGUGACCCAUCUCCGUCGCUUUUGUAUGGAAAUGGAAGUAUAGAUUUGGUUGACGGGAACUCCUCAUACGGAGCAAAGGCCAUUGUUACAUGUGAUGCCCACUAUACAGCUAUAUCAUUCAGUACUGCCUGUGUAGGAGCCAGCAUCUCGGAAAUAGGCACGAAUUUCACGAAUGUGACAAAUGCCACAUUUCCAGACUGUUAUAUAAUAUCUAUGUCUAAUCCAUUGAACAUUACAUGUCUGGAGUCAGGAGACUGGCAGACUGUCUUCUGUAUUAUGACUGGUUGUGGACCAGUUUCAGACAUCGAAAAUGGACAGUUUAUCCUAUUGGACAGUUCAAACACGUCGGUGGGAACCGUGGCUAACGUGACAUGUGACAACGGCUACGUUGCUAGUGCACAAAAUAUAUCAUGUCUGGUGACUGGCCAGUGGGAGGACAAUGUGACCUGUUCCAUUGUCGAAUGUGAUCCUUGGCCGUCAAUUUCACAUGGAAGUAUUGAUGUGUUCGGCAACUCUUCAUUUGGAGACUUCGCUAAUGUAACUUGUAAUGUGGGAUACGAAGCCAGUGUUUUAAAUAUCACUUGUUUAGAAUCUGGAGAUUGGGAAAAUGUCACUUGUGAUAUCAUAGAUUGCGGACCAAUUCCUAGUAUAGAAAAUGGACAAUUUUAUCUUUUGGAUAGCUCCAAUACAUCGUUUGGAGCCGUGGCAAACGUGACUUGCGACACAGAUUACGUUGCAAAUACUCCGAACAUAUCCUGUUUUGAGACAGGCUUCUGGGACGAUGAUGUAAACUGCUCCAUUGCUGAAACAGGUUGCGGACAAGUUCCAGUCAUUGAAAAUGGGCGCAUUUUCCCCUCAGAUAAUUCUAAUACAUCGAUUGGAGCUAAGGCAAAUGUGACAUGUGACACAGGAUACGUUGCUAAUACUCCAAAUAUAACGUGCUUGGACAACGGCUUCUGGGAUGAAAAUGCGACAUGUUCCAUUGUUGAAUGUGACUCCAUGCCAUAUAUUUUAAAUGGUAGAAUAGAUGUGUUAGACAACUCAUCAUACAAUGCCGAGGCAAAUGUAACAUGUGAUACAGGAUAUGCUGCAAAUGUAUCAAUAAUCACUUGUCUUGAGUCUGGUAAUUGGGAGAUCGUUACUUGUGAUGUCAUAGAUUGCGGACAAAUUCCUACUAUAGAAAAUGGACGGCUUUAUCUUUUGGAUAACUCUAACUCAUCAUUUGGAGCCGUGGCAAACGUAACUUGUGACACAGGUUACGUUGCCAAUACUCCAAACGUAUCCUGUUUGGAGACAGGCUUCUGGGACGAUGAUGUAAACUGCUCUAUUGCUGAAACAGGUUGCGGACAAGUUCCAGUCAUUGCAAAUGGUCGCAUUUUCCUCUCAGAUAGUUCUUAUACAUCCCUUGGAGCUAUGGCAAAUGUGACAUGUGACACAGGAUACGUCGCUAAUACUCCAAAUAUAACUUGCUUGGAUAACGGCUCCUGGGAUGAUAAUGUGACAUGUUCUAUUGUUGAAUGUGAUUCCAUGCCAUCUAUUUCAAAUGGUAGAAUAGAUGUGUUAGACAACUCAUCAUACAAUGCCGAGGCAAAUGUAACAUGUGAUACAGGAUAUGCUGCAAAUGUAUCAAUAAUCACUUGUCUUGAGUCUGGUAAUUGGGAGAACGUUACUUGUGAUGUCAUAGAUUGCGGAGUCGUUCCUAAUAUAGAAAAUGGACAGUACUUCCCGCUGGAUAGUUCAAAUACUACCAUUGGAGCCGUUGCAAAUUUGACAUGCGACACGGGAUACAUUGCUACCGUUUCGAAUAUAUCAUGUCUUGAGACAGGUUACUGGGACGAUAAUGCAGAUUGCGUAAUUGUUGAAUGUGGUUGGGUACCAUCAAUACAACACGGCAACGUAGAUUUAGUAGGUGACGUUACAUCUUACGGAGCAAUGGCGUAUGUAACAUGUGACUCUGUGUACACAGCCAGUACUCCUAAUAUCACCUGUCAGGAAUCAGGCGAAUGGGAAAACGCUUCAUGUGAAAUUACAGGUUGUGGUGCUUUCUCCAGCAUACCAAAUGGUAUCAUCUAUGAGAAUGAAGGGUACACAUCCAUUGGUGCUGCUGCCCUUGUUUCUUGUGAUACAGGGUUUGAUAGCAGCGUACAAUGGGUAACAUGUCUCGACAAUGGAUACUGGGAAAAUGCGACAUGCUAUCCAAAAGACUGUGGCGCAGUUACAAGCAAUAUAUCCGAAGGGGCCGUUGAACUAAUAGAUCCAAGUAAUACAUCUUACGGAGCUCUUGCGGUAGUGCGAUGCAACGAAGGCUUUGAAGCUGUACCGUUGACUGUGAACUGUACAUCAACGGGUGAAUGGGAAGAAGCCUCAUGUGAACCAAUAGAUUGUAGAGACCCACAAAUUGUUCAAUAUGGAACAGUGACCCUAGCUGACACAUCGGAUACAGGUUAUGGCGCAGAGGCCAUGCUUCAGUGUGAAUCGGGCUUUGAUGCAACAUUAACAACUUUUCUGUGUCAAGAAAAUGGAGACUGGGAAAAUGCAACAUGUAGUCCGAAGGAUUGUGGAGAGGUGCCAUAUAUCGAUAACGGCGAUAUAGUUCUUGUUGACAGUAACAACUCAACAUACAGAGCUCAAGCAUCUGUGAAUUGUGAUCCUGGCUACAGUGCUGAUAAAUCUCAUAUCACAUGUCUGUCAUCGGGAAACUGGGACAAUAAUAUCACUUGUAUCAUAAAUGAGUGUAAUGUAAACAAUGUACCAGUUGUUGCCAAUGGCGAAGUGGUAUUGAACACUGCCAGUAAUCAGACAAUUGCUUCAUUAGUUAAUGUGAGCUGUUAUAAUGGAUUUGGUGCGACUUCUCCAGUUGUUGCAUGUAUGGGACAAGGUGUAUGGCAAAAUAAUGUAACAUGUACUCCUUAUGCUCUUGGCACCGUAAAGGUUGGAACUGGACAGGAAAUUGCUAAUGGGCAGCAUACAGCCUUCUUCAGAUGUGCAUUUAGCAUUGCGGACGGUUUGAAAUACAAAAUCAAAUGGUACAUCAAUGGACUGGAGUUUUAUGAUACAGGGAUAUUAAGCUCGACACAAGCUUCGACAUCUGUAUUGACAGAUGAUAUGUUUACUGAUGCUGUAAAUAACCAUUUACAGUCACAGUUCUUUGGCCUGGAGGUGACAUGUUCUGUGGUGGUGUUUGAUGGAGCUGGUUCAACAGAACUAGAAAACGAAACAAGUGGAGUUCUAAUCCCUUUUGACGUAUCAACAAAUGAUAUUUCAAUGACGAGAGGAAAAGAGGUCACAUUCACCGUUUUCCUGAAUGUACCGUUUGGAUGUCCGACAGGUUCUCAGGGCUGCUUUCUUAGAUUCGUAGUGUACGACCCAUACGAUUCAUACAGUUGCUAUGACUCGUCCAUAGCAGCUAUCCACAGUGAUACUUGUGGUGGGAAAGUAGAAGGCGCUACGGAAGGGACAAUAGGACACGUGACUUCCAUGAGUACAAUUACGAACAUCACUAUAACAACAAAGAAUAAUCGUUGGUAUCGACUUCGUUGGUAUUUCCCCCUUGUUCUUAAACUUGUAGCCGUUGGAAAUGCUAAGCCAUUCUGGAAUACCCCGUCAACAAGCAUUACGGUAAUUGUAAGUGAGAACUAUUACACGCGAUACAGGGGCUGCUAUUCGUUUGUUGACCCCUACAUAUACACUUUUGAUCGAAGAUGGUAUUCAAAUCAGCUACUAGAGACGUUUGUUAUGUUUCGUCAUAAAACUCUUCCGAUUGAGGUUCAGACAGUUACUGCCCCUUGUAAUCGCUGGGCCACGUGCUCCUGUGCUGUAACAGUACGUGCUGGUGGGGAUGUAUUUUCCAUCAACCACUGUUAUGGGCAUCUCACGAGCUACCUGUCAGCUAAGGAUGGAAUAUUGAAAGUAUAUAAAUUAUGGUCCACAUAUUAUCAGAUAAUCCUUCCGACUGGAAUGCAAGUGUUUGUGUAUAUAAUGUCCUACUUUAAUUACAUGAUGAACGUCUACGUGACACCGACGCCAUCAGAUUUCGAACAAAUGGAAGGUCUUUGUGGAAAUUUCAACGGCGACUUUAGAGAUGACACUGUUCUUCGCGGUUCAAACAGUUCCGAUCCUGUCGAAACAUAUUAUGGCUAUUGGUGGUGGUGGAGCGAUUACUUUUAUCCACAUGAAUUUGCAUAUUCAUGGGGUUUAGAGUUGACGGGAAGAUCAGAUGAGAACCUUCUUAACCCUGAUGUCUACGAAAACGUAGAAGUAUGGGACAGCAAUAAGAAGCUUUGCGUCUGUCCGGACGCAAACAGCGGCACGAGCUACGACGCUUUGUGCUCGGCAGAUGAAGAAGCUACGUGUACGCGUCCAAUCUGGCGAUGGGGUACUUUGGUCGGAGCGACGUCGCGACAGACGCGAGACGUUGACGGUAACGAAAGAAAUAUACACCGUUCAAAAAGAGAUACAGCGAGGAGACUGGUUAAGAUGACGAACAGAUGGAAAGAAGCUCGGGAAAAACAUGCUGCAUUACGGAAGAAGAGGCAGGUUAAUAACAGCACGACAAUAUCCUGGGAAAAAGCAGAAGAAAUAUGUACAGAGAAAUUGAGCAAUGAUUGUAAUACCUACUCGAAGAAAGAUGACGUCAGUGACAUUGCUGAAUCGAAUGACACGCUAGACAACUGUAUAAGAGAUACUGCGGAAAGUGGCACUACGGAUUGGGUAACUCCACACUGCGAUGCUAUAACACAGAAAGUGACUGUGGAACUUGAUAAAGAUGUUGAAUUUGCAGAAAACAAUACAGAGUUAACAAACAACAUCAAGGAGUCAGCUUGUCCAAGCAACUGUAGUGGACAUGGACAAUGUGUAAACCAAACAUGCAUCUGCGUCGAAGAUUUUGUAACAGACCUUUGCCUUUUAAAUAUUACACUCGGGCCAUUGAUAGAAGAACUUGCGGACGAAGGAAUUUGUGACAUCAGUAACGGAAGUGCAUGUGACUAUAUUCUUAUUGUUGGUAAUGGAUUCAUUGACACUGCUAAGUGCAAUUUAACAGUAUAUGUGGCAGGAACAGAUGGAAUCUUUAACUUGACAGACGAGUACGAAGUCGAUUGCAGUUAUCUGAAUUACAAUGAACUCUACGCACCGAUUCUUGAGACAAAUUCUUCCCAAAACGCUACUAACACGACGGAGGAGAUCGCCAAGAUGAUUGGAAUAUCUGUCAGCAACGAUGGUACACAUUUUGGUGCGCAACAGACUGUUGUGAUACUGGACACUACCUGCCAACAAACUCAGAAAAAUGCCGAUAACGAAACAGUAGUCACUUUGAAGACAGGUUUCUGCUACAUUGCGGCUACAUGUUACAGUUCUGGUACCUAUUUGACCGGCAGUUCUUGUGCCAAAUGUGACACAGCACAGAAUCUUUUCGUUUGGACAGACGGGUGUAAUGAAACGGAUGAUACAAACAAGAAUAAUCUGAUCAUAAUUAUGAGUUCUGUAGGUGGCGCCAUCCUUGCUAUAGCUGUGGCACUAGCCGUCAUUAUUUAUUUAAAGAUCAAGGCUAAAAAGAAGAGAACGUUAGCACCAUUGGUAGAAACUUCUUUAGGACCGUCGAAAAUGAAAUUCUGGUUUAGAAAAGGAAGUGACGUCGCAGUUGUUGAACAUCAUUUGGGACGAACGAAAGGGAGGAAAAUGGCAGCAGAGUAUAUAUCUGAUGAGGAGGAGGAGAAGAUGUGGUGAAUGAAGCAUUUAACAGUUACUUCGUCUAGAUUAAAAUAACAUUGAUGGAAAAUAGGUGUGUCAAGAUAUCUUACCAAUUAGGUCACAAAUGCAUCAUUUGUUUAUUGGACAAGGAAUAAUUUCUUCCUAAAAUUACAUACAUAAAAUCAUAUAUAUAUAAUUAACCUACAGACUAUCAUUUUAUUGUUUACGUCAUCCUUAUUUAACGGACUGUGCUGUUAAAAAUGUGGAAGAAAUUUAAAGUGUUUAAAAAUCUUUUUUUUCUACUUAUAUUUUUGUUUUGUUUGCUCACCACAACAUGAAGUUUCCUCCAGAUCAAGUUGUGAAAUAAAGUUCUUACUGAAUAAUAUGCAAAUAUUGUUAAACCUGGGCAAUUAACUAAAUCGCCAUUGAAGUUUAGUAAGUUAUUACCAUAAAUGGUUGUUUUGUUCAUAAUUUAAAACAAAUCACAGAUUCCAUCAACUGAGCUGGUGUCUCAGGAGUGUAUUUAUGGUUAAGAAUAAUUCUAUCUAGUUUGCAUCUAAUGUUCAUCCAUUCGUUUUGCUACAGAAUAAUAUAGUUUUGAUAGUGCCUUAGAUAUGUUAGAUACUUAAACACAUACGUGUUUUAAAAUGUUUAUCAUAUGCAUAUUGUAACAAUGACGUUUUGUUUUUAAGUGUACAUAUACCUGAUAUUGUAAGCACAUUCGUCAAAAUGACAAUACUUACAUAAACAUUAAUACUUUUACACUGUAUUUAACUUGACUUCUUACGAGCACCUAUUACUAUUUAAAUGGUUGAAUAAAGGCUUGUUUAUCUUCA